AUGCAGAAGAAUAGAAACGGUUUAGAAAACGACAUUAUUGGCAAUUUAGAGAUUGAUCUCAAUAUUCACUUUUGUUCUAGUCUUUGUGCCUUCCAACUUCAACAACAGAACAAAAGUGUUUGCUUAACAAAAAGAAAAGACGAGUAUCGAAGUAAAAAAACUGAAAAGCUUGAGGUUGUGCUGUCUUGCGUUCGUUUUUUGCUUCAACCGUUUCAGUCUCAUGAACCGAAAUCGCAAGUUGAUGAAGACAGAUUGAGGAUUUAA